ACAUUUUUCUCUCAGUUUCACAGUAAAGAGCUAGCAAUGCAGCCAAGUGAAGUCACAGGACUCCACUACCUAAUCCCUUCAAACCCAUCUCCAUAUUCAUCUCAUUUUGGCAUGAUCACCCCCCAAACCACCAACAUGCCACCAACAUAUCAAAUUAACAGGAUUGGUAAUUACAUUAACCACCCAUUAUACAAUAACAUCCAAGAAAUCAGUUCACAAUCAUCUGGGUUUAGUGGCAAUUCAACAUCGGAUGAAGCAGAUGAGCAGCAGCAGAGCAUAAUCAAUGAGAGAAAACAGAGGAGGAUGAUAUCAAACAGAGAAUCAGCGCGACGAUCGCGUAUGAGGAAGCAGAAACACCUUGAUGAGCUUUGGUCACAAGUUGUUUGGUUGAGGAAUGAGAAUCACCAGCUGAUUGAUAAGCUCAACCAUGUCUCUGAGUCUCAUGACAAGGCUCUUCAAGAGAAUUCUCAGCUCAAAGAAGAAGCAACCGAGCUUCGACAAAUGAUUUCGGAUAUGCAAUUAAACAGUCCUUACUCUGCCUUCAAAGACCUUGAAGAUGUUUGAUUCUUCAAUAAUUAAGCACAGGCAGUGAUGUUUUACUUCUCAUCUUCUAUUGUUUUUUUCUUGCUUCUUCUGUUUUGAUUUGAAGUCAAACAACCCUUGUCUCUGCUUCAAUAUUAGCUGUAUCCGACCGGAUAAUUAAUUAGAGUUGCAAUAACCUGUUUUUAGCUUAUCAUUUACAUCUAUAUGUGCUCAAUCAUGUUAUA